AUGACUUCGUUUGGAGCAACGAAAAUUAUAUCUGAAGGCGGUUACAUGCCAACAUUCAAAGUUCAAGGCCAAAUAUACCACAAAAUCGGUUCAUUGCUCGCAGUGCCACAAAAAGAUGCGAAAUUUCUGCAAAUUUAUUUCACUGGAAAUGAUGCACUGGAAGUAGACAAGCGUUGCGCAAUUAGUUCUGGGAUCCGACGCGAGAUCAUUUCAAGCUUGCAGGCAAUGUUCCAUGAACAAAACAAUUUGAUUCGCCUUUUUAAAACAGCUCUGGAUCAAAUGCCAUCAGAUGACUAUAGUGUUGUUAUUAGAGCAGACAAAGUUCCUGAUGGUGAACAUGAAAGGCGCUUCAAUGCUCCAGUAACAGGGGAUGUUGCAAUUGUAAUAGUUGGCACCGAAUUCGAUCGACGUGACAUCAUUAUCCACCGGCGAAAUGCUAAUGUACAGAGAGUAUCGGAAACACAUCGAUCGUAUGAUGCACUCCAAUAUCCAGUGCUGUUUCCCCAUGGAGAAGAAGGAUAUCAUUUCAACAUCAGGCAAGUCGACCCCAGCACAAGUGAAACGACGACAAAGAAAGUGUCCUGCAUGGAUUAUUAUACAAACCGCAUUAUGAUUCGUGGAAAUGAAUCCAAUCAUAUCUUAAAAUGUCGUGAAUUAUUCCAACAGUUUAUUGUAGACAUUUACGCGAAAGUCGAAAGUGAGCGUCUUCUUUUCAUUCGCUUAAAUCAAAAGAAGCUGCGCGUUGAAGAAUACGUUCAUUUACGUGAUGCAGUUGCUAAUGAUGGAAACAUUGCUGACAUUGGACAAAUGGUAAUUUUACCUGUAACAUAUAUGCACCUGCACGAAUACGGGCAAGAUGCUAUGACGCGAAGAAAUCCCACUAAUGGUGGAUACACAACUACUAUUAAGAUGCGAAGUGUAGAUAUCGACAUAGACAAUAGAUGGAUCGUGCCAUACUCGCCACUACUUUCAAAAAUGUUUAAUGCUCACAUCAAUGUUGAGUAUUGUAAUUCAGUAAAGUCCACCAAAUAUAUUUGUAAAUAUGUUAACAAGGGCAGUGACAUGGCAGUAUUCGGAUUAGCAAAUCGAGGUGAUGAGAUCACGCAAUAUCAAACAGGGCGCUACAUCAGCAGUAACGAAGCAGUAUGGCGGAUAUUUGCAUUCAAUAUUCACGAACGAUAUCCAACGGUUCAACAUCUCGCUGUUCAUUUGGAAAAUGGUCAGCGGGUUUACUUCACCGAAGAAAAUGCGCAAAAUAGAGUGGAGCAACCACAAAACACAACACUGACUGCUUUUUUCGAAUUGUGUACAUCCGAAAAUUUUGCUAAAACGUUGCUGUAUCAAGAUGUGCCCAAAUAUUAUACUUGGAACACAUCGACAAAAAAGUUCAACAGAAGAAAAAGAGGUGCAAUUGUUCCAGAGCAUCCUGGUAUAUAUUCGUCCGAUGCAUUGGGACGUGUGUAUACUGUUCAUCCAAAUAACGCCGAGUGCUAUUAUUUGCGGUUGUUGCUGCAUACAAUCAAAGGGCCGACAUCGUUCCUUACAUUGAAAACCAUCGACGGAGUAGAAUGCCAAACGUACAGAGAAGCGUGCUUUAAACUGGGCUUACUUGAGAAUGAUCAGAAUUGGAACACAACUCUGACUGAAGCAUCACUCACAUGCCAUCCAAAGCAAAUACGAACUUUGUUUGCGAUAAUUUUAACAACAUGCGCACCAUCGAAUCCUCGACAACUGUGGGGAAUGCAUCGGGAAAGCCUCAGUGAAGAUAUUCUAAGACAAGCACGUACAAGCGAUCCAAGUCAGGAAUAUUCGGAUGACAUUUUCAAUGAAGCUUUAAUAUUAAUGGAGGACUUAUGCAUGUCAAUCAACAACAAAGCUCUUUGUCAACUCGGUAUGCCAGCACUGACACGAGAUAGAAAUGCUGUACAAGACAGAGACUUGAUGCGAGAACAGCAGUUUGAUGCAAAUCAGCUUGAACGAUUUGUGCAAACGCAAAAAGAGUUUUUAGUUGACGAUCAGAAAAAAGCUUAUGACAAAAUCAUGCAACGUGUAACCAAAGGAGAUGGCGGAAUUAUCUUCCUAGAUGCUCCAGGAAGUACCGGGAAAACUUUCCUCAUCAAUUUAAUAUUGGCGUCAGUUCGAAUGCGAAAUGGGAUUGCAGUAGCAGUAGCAUCAUCGGGGAUUGCAUCAACACUACUUGAUGGAGGACGUACAGCGCAUUCAGCACUUAAGCUUCCAUUGAAUUUGCACCAGACCGAAACACCUACAUGUAACAUCAGCAAAAACUCUGGUAUGGCCAUAGUCCUUAAAACGUGCAAAAUUAUAAUUUGGGACGAAUGCACCAUGGCACAUAAGAAAUCGCUCGAAGCACUUGACCGAACUCUGCGAGAUUUUCGUGGAAAAGACCAACCGAUGGGAGGCGCUCUUAUACUCCUUGCAGGUGAUUUUCGUCAAACAUUACCCGUUAUACCACGAUCAACGCCUGCAGACGAGCUGAACGCGUGCUUAAAGGCAUCGCAUCUGUGGAACUAUGUCGAAAAAAUUACGCUUACAACAAAUAUGCGAGUGCAUUUGCUGCAAGAUACGUCUGCCCAAAUAUUUUCAAAGCAACUUUUAGAUAUCGGAAACGGUAAAGUUCAUAUUGAUCGCACAACAAAUGAGAUAUCAUUUUCGUCCAACUGUUGUCAAAUGCAGCAGAGCAUUCAAGACGUCAUCGACAGAGUAUUUCCGAACUUAACGAUCAACUACCGAAAUCCGGAAUGGCUCCGCGACCGUGCAAUUUUAGCUCCGAAGAACGAUGAUGUUAGUAAAUUAAACGGUCAAAUUCAAUUGAAAAUUCCAGGAGAAGCAGUCGAAUAUAAAUCGAUUGAUACAGUAAUGGACAAAGAUCAAGCUGUUAAUUACCCAACUGAAUUUCUUAAUUCUUUGGAGCCACCUGGAAUGCCUCCUCAUUCGUUGGCGUUAAAAGUUGGAUCACCAGUGAUGCUUAUUCGGAACUUGAACGCGCCGAAACUGUGCAACGGAACCAGAGUGAUAAUAAAAAAAUUAACACCGAAUUUAAUCGAGGCAACAAUCAUCAGCGGUAAAUUCAAAGGCGAAGAUGUGCUGAUUCCACGUGUACCGAUGAUUUCCAACGAUUUACCGUUCGAAUUCAAGCGGCUUCAAUUCCCUUUGCGUCUUGCCUUUGCUAUAACUAUAAAUAAAGCACAAGGGCAAUCAUUAACUAUUGCGG